AUGCACCGUCAUUUUGCACUCACACUGCUGCCUGUCUUCUCGUUUGAAAGAGUCACUCCCUCCCACCUGCCUCUUGCCAUCUCUCUAUCUCUCUCUCCCUUCUCCUCUGCCUCGCAGGUCAGUCCCUUCAAGCCCCGCUCGCCCUGCCCACUCGCCAUUGAAGCACCCAUCCCUUCUGCCCGCACCACUCAAUCAGCUAAGUACCCGUUCCCCCAUGCCCGCACCCUUGCCUGCCGUACUCUUGUGGCCGUGCCUCAACCAGUGGCUCCUCCUCUCUUCCCUUGUGCUGGAUUUCAAGUGGCGGGGGGGUGUGGGGUCAACACCGACGCUCCCUCACGCCCCUCCCCUGUGGCCGUGCAGGGAGGAGGCACCUGGAGGAGGGCUGCUGCGGAGGGAGGCAGCUGGUGGUGCUGCAGCUGCCUUGACCUCGCCGUCACGCUAUCAGCUAAGUCGCCCACUUCCAUGCCCUCACCCUUGCCCACCACAUCAUGGCUUGUGCAGGUAACCCUCUCAGGUGCAGGUGGAGGGGAGGGGCGUUGGGGUCAACACCGACGCUCCCUCACGCCCCUCCCCUGGGGCCGUGCAGGGACUCGUGGGGACGAGAGGGAGGCAGCACUGCGGCAUGGCAAUCCCACCGCAGCAAGGGAGAGUAUCGGGAUGGGCUUGGCCUCUCAAGGUCAUCUCGCAAUGCAGCAGAGACAGCUGACAGGACCAGUUGUAGCAGCAUCAGCACUGGGGAGCACUGAUGCAGCAGGGGAGGGGAGAGGAGGGAGGGGGACACAAGGCGGCAUCUCUCGGCGCUUCUUCAGCUGCCAGCUAAUGGCCCCUCCCCUCGCAUGUGCUGCUUUCAAACUCACAGCUGCCAAAUCAGAAUCAUUCCGUGAUUGCAACACUCACAGGCUCUGUGCGUGCUCGUUGCAGGUGGAGGGGAGGGGCGCUGGGGUCAACACCGACACUUCCACAUGCCUCUCCCUGGUGGCCGUGCAGGAGGGAGGGAGAGAGGCAGCGCUGGGAGGGGACGGGAGGGAGGCAGCACUGUAG